CAGCCGUGCUGCACACGACAGAAGCCCUUGCUCGGCUAUGGGGACGGAUUGGCGUAUAUGUAUUCGAGGUUAAUCAGACGAAGCGUCUGCUCGUUCUCUACCAUCCCCGCGUCACCCACAACAUACUUUUCUGGACCCGGCCGCCAUGGUCAACUGGGAAAGCCCGGAGGUCGUCGGUGUAUGCCUCCAGAUCACAGGGAAGCUCAACCUGUACUUCGGCGGGAUAUUCACAUGGUACUUCAUCACUACAUUUAGGCAUGUUGAGUGGCAGCUGUUAAUACGAAAAUUGAAAUGGAAGUGGUCGUACGUAUAUUACCUUGGAGCACGGUAUUUUCUGCUGCUCCAGAUACCUUUGCACGAAGUGAUGCAACCUGUGAUCAUUGUAGUUUUAGCUAUAACUGCUUUCGUGGUCGCGAUUUUUGCAAGCGGAAACCUUCUCUUCAGGGUGUAAAAUAGCGUUAUGGAGAGAUAACCAUAUCGUAGUCGCGUUCUUUA